CUGAGAUUUGGAGCUCUAGAACACCGAGCGUAUCAUUUUGGUUUAAUAUUAUGGCGACAGCCCAGUACAACUUCGUAGUCUGAAUCGAACCACCAACCAAACCGUUCCUGGCCACCUCCAUAGAUCCAAGGGGGCAGUUAGGGUUUCAACUGGCCCGCUUCAAGACUCAUAUUUCCUGAUUCAGGGAAGUGUACAUGACAAGCCCUUCACUGACGCAAGGAACGCCUGACCUAUAGAACCGAGACCGCUAUUUUAAAGGGAGAUGGGGGGAAGCGUGGUGAAUCAGCUAGAACGAAGCCUCGACCAUUAAUGUUGCUCCGUUGAAUCUACCCACAGAUACGUUCUGCUUCAACAGCUUCUAGCACAGCUGCUUAGGCUGACAUGAUAUCUCCAGUCUCACCUCCUAGCUCUUCAAGUCAUUUCUAUCGGGACUUAUCCUCUUCAGGAUACUACUGCCGGUCUACGAAACUGCGUUCACCUUCUCCCUCACAAAUUUUCGAAUGGAGCGUAUAGGAAGAUGUUUCCCCAAUUGGUUGCUGUCGAAGUUGCCACCCCAGACCUUCGCCAACUCGCUCUUUCUCCAGUUGCUGACGCUAUCUCUCCGGAGCGGCAACUUUCAUCACCCUCAAACGAGGGCAUCGAGGCGGGGUAUCCUAGCAAGCCUGAUAGAUACCCCCCUCCAUUCGAAACGGCAGAUGUCCGGCGGUUGAUUUUCGUUUCAUUCGCUGACACAAUUAACUUCGAGAAUGCUGAGGGCAGUGAAUCUUUGUCCAAUCGUGGCAAUAUUCAAAUAUCUGCACCUUCAAGCAACGCCGUCAGUACAGUACAUCAGGACAGUUCACCAUCACCACUACAUCCAUCCGCAUCAUUCAAUGGUCUCGGCACCUCGCCUUCGCUCCCGACGAGCAUGUCAAUGUCGGUAAUGGGACUAGACACUUCUCCAACCAAUGGAGUGCAUCGAGCGUGCCGAUGAUGGACACAGGCCCUUUCUCCAAAUUCUGGGGGGCCGGAGGGCCCAGUAUAGAAACAAUGCGGCAGUCAAGGCCGUGGAGUGAAGAUCUUCCUACGUUUUCGACGCCGUCAU